UCGGUUUUGGGCCGCGGCGGGAGCGGGAUUCGCCGCCACUCCAGUGCGCAGGCGCCUGGCGGUUACCGGUCUCGCCAUGGAGCGGAAAGUGCUUGCGCUCCAGGCCCGAAAGAAAAGGACCAAGGCCAAGAAGGACAAAGCCCAAAGGAAAUCUGAAACUCAACACCGAGGCUCAGCUCCCCAUUCUGAGAGUGAUAUACCAGAGCAGGAAGAGGAGAUUUUAGGAUCUGAUGAUGAUGAGCAGGAAGACCCUAAUGAUUAUUGUAAAGGAGGUUAUCAUCUUGUGAAAAUUGGAGAUCUGUUCAAUGGGAGAUAUCAUGUGAUCCGAAAGUUGGGCUGGGGACAUUUCUCAACAGUAUGGUUAUCAUGGGAUAUUCAAGGGAAGAAGUUUGUGGCAAUGAAAGUAGUUAAAAGUGCUGAACAUUAUACUGAAACAGCUCUAGAUGAAAUCCGGUUGCUGAAAUCAGUUCGCAAUUCAGAUCCUAAUGAUCCAAAUAGAGAAAUGGUUGUUCAACUAUUGGAUGACUUUAAAAUAUCAGGAGUUAAUGGAACGCAUAUCUGCAUGGUGUUUGAAGUUUUGGGGCAUCAUCUGCUCAAGUGGAUCAUCAAGUCUAAUUAUCAGGGGCUUCCACUGCCUUGUGUCAAAAAAAUCAUUCAGCAAGUGUUACAGGGUCUGGAUUAUUUACAUACCAAGUGCCGUAUCAUCCACACUGACAUUAAACCAGAAAACAUCUUGUUGUCAGUGAAUGAGCAGUACAUUCGGAGACUGGCUGCAGAAGCAACAGAAUGGCAGCGAUCUGGAGCUCCUCCACCUUCAGGAUCUGCAGUCAGUACUGCUCCCCAACCCAAACCAGCUGACAAAAUGUCAAAGAAUAAGAAGAAGAAAUUGAAGAAGCAGCAGAAGCGCCAGGCAGAAUUACUAGAGAAGCGAAUGCAGGAAAUUGAGGAAAUGGAGAAAGAGUCGGGCCCUGGGCAAAAAAGACCUAACAAGCAAGAAGAUUCAGAGAGUCCUGUUGAAAGACCCUUGAAAGAGAACCCAUCUAAUAAAAUGACCCAAGAAAAACUUGAAGAGUCAAGUUCCAUUGGCCAGGAUCAGACACUUAUGGAACCUGGUGUAGAGGGUGGUGCAGCAGAAAUUAAUUGCAAUGGAGUAAUUGAAAUCAUAAAUUAUACUGAGAACAGUAAUAAAGAAACAUUGAGGCUUAAAGAGGAUCUACAUAAUGCUAAUGACUGUGGUGUCCAAAAUUUGAAGCAGGAACCUAAUCUCCUAAGCUCCCAAAAUGGUGACAGCAGCACUUCUCAAGAAACAGACUCUUGUACACCUAUAACUUCUGAGGUGUCAGAUACCAUGGUGUGCCAGACUUCCUCACCUGUAAACCAGUCAUUCAGUGAACAGGACAUCAGCCAACUUCAAGAAAGCAUUCGGGCAGAGAUACCUUGUGAAGAUGAGCAAGAACAGGAACAUAAUGGACCACUGGACAACAAAGGAAAAUCCACUGCUGGAAAUUUUCUCGUUAAUCCCCUUGAGCCAAAAAAUGCAGAAAAACUCAAAGUGAAGAUAGCUGAUCUUGGAAAUGCCUGUUGGGUGCACAAACAUUUUACUGAAGAUAUUCAAACAAGGCAAUAUCGCUCCCUGGAAGUUCUAAUAGGAUCUGGCUAUAAUACUCCUGCUGAUAUUUGGAGCACGGCAUGCAUGGCCUUUGAACUGGCCACAGGUGACUAUUUGUUUGAACCUCAUUCAGGGGAAGAGUACACUCGAGAUGAAGACCACAUUGCGCACAUUAUAGAGCUGAUAGGCAGAAUUCCAAGACGCUUUGCCCUCAGUGGGAAAUAUUCACAGGACUUCUUCAAUCGCAGAGAUCACAUUGCAUUGAUCAUAGAACUUCUGGGGAAGGUGCCUCGCAAGCUCAUUGUGGCAGGAAAAUAUUCCAAGGAAUUUUUCACCAAAAAAGGUGACCUGAAACACAUCACGAAGCUGAAACCCUGGGGCCUUUUUGAAGUUCUAGUGGAGAAGUAUGAGUGGUCUCAGGAAGAGGCAGCUGGCUUCACAGAUUUCUUACUACCCAUGUUGGAGCUCAUCCCUGAGAAGAGAGCCACUGCUGCCGAGUGUCUCCGGCAUCCUUGGCUCAACUCCUAAGUCCUGCCCAGCAUUGCAGCAGAGAUCACCAUACUGAUCCCCCACCCCUUCCAAGCAUUUCCCUCUUCUCUUUUCAGGGUGAAGCUCUUUCUUCAAGAGUUUCUAGAUUUUUCUUCUGCCUUUUUUUUUCUUUCUUUUUUUCUUUUUCUUUCUUUUUUUUUAAAAUCCAACAUGUUCAUUUGGGUUUGCUUACUUGACCCUGUGGAGAGCCCCACAGCCAUUGGCAUCCUAGGUGAAUUUGGCCUUGGUAGGGCUCUGCCAAAGACUAAUGGACUAAAAAUGUGAAACAGCCUCUUGGCCUAUACCCUUGCCUUUUCAUUAGAACAUCCUUCAAAUUAUAAUCACCCUUUUUAAAAAGAGCCUUGAAGAUACAUGAGCCCAUCUUUUUAUUCAUUGACUCUACGAGUCAGAUUUUCUAGUUCAUAUCCUAUUGCCAGCAUAAGGAUGAAGAGGGAAAGGGUGUUCAUUCUGUGUACAGCAGAGACAUUAAACUUGCUGUAUCCAGGCUGCAUCAUCUUCCUGGAUUGUUUCUCUUGUUUUCUAUGUUAUUUUUCCUUCGACUCUUAAUCUACUACCUUUUUAAAUGAGCUGUAUAAACACCAAAUUUGGGUACCAUAUUAUCACGAUUCAAAGCACUGUCAUAUUCCUUUCAUCCUUUAAUAACUCCAAGAUCCUCAAAUCUUCGGUCUGAUUUUUAAUGUAAACAGAAAUGGAACCAUUGAGUAAUAAUUUCUUGAGAACCUCAGGUGUUCUGCAAAUAGUCCUUUCCUAUGUGUCUUCUAUUACCCUAAGAGCAAAAUUACUUUGGCAGUUAACAUUUUUGAGUUUUGUUUUUUUUUUUAAUUCCUGUCUGGCACUUGGUUGAGUUUAUUGCCCUAUGUCCAAUGGAUCAGGGUGACUCUAGAAAAAAAGAUCUGAGUUUCAGAGCUUUCUCAUCUAAAGAAAAAAUGUCUAGAGUUCUGAUUCUUUACCAAAUAAUUCUCUACUUUAAUUUAUAGCUUUUUCUUUACCUUGCCCAAAGUUCUGGCUUUGAGCAGUUACUCUGUGUCUUUGCUGUUCUUAUUUCUCAGAGGCUUGGGGUCUCUAAUGAAACCCUGGAGAAAAGAACCAAGGGGAAGGGUAGGAUGGCACUUUUUCAUUGACUUUUUUCCCCCUUGUUGGUUUUUUAAGAUUAGCCAUUCUCUGCUGCUAUUUCCUUGCAUAAUGUAAGUUUUUAACUGCAAUUUCGAGAUGAUUGAAAUGUACUUGAGGCUUUUCUUUUUUUCCUCCUUAAUUUGAAAAGGCUUUAUGAAUUUUAUUUUAGGAUUGGCCUCUCCUAGACUUGCCCUAAACAUCACAUAUUCCUUGGGUAAUAUGAGCAACAAAAGAGGGAGGAUUGGGGUCAAGCCAGUUAUUCAGUAUGGACCAAGUAGGCCUUGAGGAUUACAGCUUUCUCCAGAAGUGGCUUUAGAACUCCAAUUUGCAGAAAGUCAAGGAGAUGCAACGCAAUUCUCUACUAGCAAGCAAACUAUGAAAAUGUCGGACAUCAGCCCUUUUGUAUGGAAGAAUGUUUCAGUCAUUUACCCACCAACGACAACAAAGGAAAAAGUGUCAUUAUGCAAUCCAUUUAACUCAUAACCAUAUUGCUCUGAGGAACUAUCCAGCUACUCAUUGGAUCCUUGAUUGGUUACUCUUGAAAUCAGACGUGUUCCUGUAGAAAGAAUUUUAAGUCGUUAUCUAUGCACAUAUCAAGAAUAAAUAGAACUUGUAUCAAACAACGGCAGGGAAAUCCUUCAGCAGUUCUAAUCCACUUUGGGUUUUAAACUAUAUUUACACCUAAAGCAAUAGCGGACUUAUCUGAUAAUCUCUUCAUUGUAAAAUCAAUUGUGGAAUCACAGGAAUUCUGGUGAUAUUAAAGUGAAAUAACCAAAACAUAAGCAAACAGAAGGCCCCUUUUUAACAAAAACGUGUAACUUCAUUUUGGAAAUAUUUUCCCAGCAAAUAAGGGCUUUUUCUCCCACCACUUAAAGAGCCAGAUGAAUUAGAAGAUCUGGAAAGUGGCAGCUGUAGAACUUGAUCUUCUAAGUACUUCACAAACUUUUAUUGAGCUUAAUCAUAAUACUGUCAAAUUACCAUGAUCCCAGUAAAGGAUUUCUAUUUGCUGUUAAAAAUAAAGCCCUGAUACAUUUUUAUUCUUUCUACUGAGUGCAUUGUCUGUUUUCUUAAUAAAUGCAGUAAAAUAAACAAAUUAUUUAAUAACCAA